CGCACCGGACCAGUUCGUGUUUUCCCGUCACACCGCGAAUCGCCGUGGCUCCCGUCGUGGUCGUCAAUCGUCACUCGUCGUCGUUGCUAGUUAUUGCGCCGCUGUGACAACGUCGUCACCGCCGCGAAAACGAUAUUCGAUCACAUUCGAUUGUACGCGUACGAAUCCGGUCACGCCGCCGCCGACGAAUUAUUUUAUCAUAAUAUUGCAUUUUGUUUCGUCGCUUGAAUUUCGCACGUUCGCCAAUAUUGUACGUUUGAUUAUUCUUUCAAUCGUGGUUUUUCGACGGAAAGUUACGACCGUUUAUCCUUUGAACUAUUUUCUGUGCGUUUUCGGCCAUGAGGACCAGACGGUGACGUCCGGAAAACCGCGAGACGGAAAAGGACAUUUCGGCAGAUUUCUAUUGGAUAUGCUGCUCGCCUACGCUUCGAUUUAAAAUUAAACAUGAACCAACAGUGUAAAGUUUGCGGAGAACCAGCCGCCGGUUUCCACUUCGGGGCUUUUACCUGCGAAGGCUGCAAAUCGUUUUUCGGACGGACUUACAACAACCUGAGUUCGAUAUCGGAAUGCAAGAACAACGGCGAGUGCGUGAUCAACAAGAAGAACAGGACGUCGUGCAAGGCGUGCAGGCUGCGCAAAUGCCUCUUGGUGGGCAUGUCUAAGAGCGGGUCGCGGUACGGCCGCCGGUCCAAUUGGUUCAAGAUCCACUGCCUGCUGCAGGACCAAAACGCAGCGGCCGCCGCCGCGGCCGUCGGGCACCACCAGCCGCACCAUCACCACCAACACCACAACGGCAGCAGUCGGUCGUCACCGCACCACCAGCAGCAGCAGCCGCCGCACCACCAGUCGCAGCCACCACCGUUUGGUUCGCCGCUAUACCCGGCCGGUCUGGUGCACCCCGGCCACCAUUUCCUGACCACCGACAAGUUCCUGCAGGCCCGGCUCAACGGUUACGGGGCCGCCGCUGCCCUGAUGACCGCCGCCGUCCAGGACGACGCGUCCUGCCGGCGUCAAGCGGCCGCUGACGCCAUCAUUGGCGGGCACCACCAACAUCAUCACCAUCACCGUAACCGCCAUCACAAUAACAACAACAACAACAACAACAACAACAACAAUAACAACAGCAUCGACCGAAGGCACCGUCACCGUUACGACGACGACGAAGAAGAUGAAGACGACGACGACGAUUGCGGCGGUCGCCGUCACCGCGACGAUGACGAAGACGACGGUGAACGCAACGACAACAACAACGACGGCGAUUCGCCAAAAGGAGGGCGGCGUCGUCGGCGUCGGCCGUCCGCUUCCGAUGACUCGGGCGGCUCGUCCAUGCCCGAGGACGAGGACAACCGCGGCAGUAACCACCGCCGCAAGACCGUCAGUCCUGUGCUCCGGCACCACCAUCGCAGCCCGUCCUGCACCACCGGCGGUACGCCGCCCGCGUUCCGUCAGCUGUCCACGUCGCCGUCCGCGUCGUCCACCGGUUCGGGCGACGCGAAACGCAUCCGGAUGUCCGUCAGCCCGUCGUCGGCCACCGUGGGCUCGUCACCCGUUUCCGGUUUCCACUCGCCCUAUUACCCGCUGUCCGUCACCCGACCCGGGUUGACGCCGUUCGUGGGCGGCGGCCUCACGCUGUCCAUGGCCGCGGCCGGCUGGCAUGCAGCCGUGGCCGCGGGGCGCACGGCCGCCGGCGGCGAUCUGUUGCUGUCCAGCCCGGCGCCGGGUGGCGUGGCCGUCGAACAGGAAUACCCCAUCGACCUGUCGCUGAAGACCACGGCCGCCAAGUACAACCGGUCUCCGCCGCACGCGCCCCAGUCCGCCGGCGGACGGCACUCGGUGACCGACGACCCGGAGGACGUGGCCACGGCCACUGCGCUACCGCCGUCGCCGUUGGACCUCACCAAACGGACGGCCGAAGUUUCGUUCGACUGACCGGCACACGACGACAGCCCGCGUUAUCGCUCCCACAGGAGAAACAACCUUGCAGCUACUACUACCUAUACCACUAUUACUACCUACUACUACUACCACUGUCUACUAUUAGUACCAUCCGUACCACUGGUGUACCGUGCGUCAAGCUGUGUACACUCAUUCCUGUCGUCGUCGUCGUCGUCGUCGUCGCCGUGUCCAAAAGUUGGAAGAAAUUUUUUUAUUUUUUUUCUCGGCAUCGUCCUAGUCAAUUGUAUAAAGAGAAAAAUGAAGUGAAAAAAAUGAAAAAAAAAAAAAAAAACGACCGUUUCCGAUUUCGUAAACGCGUGAAAUGCCCGCAAUGUUAAUAAUAAGAACGACGCCGCGAUCCCUAACGAUGCUGCGCGUGUGACGGCCCGUAUGAAUACCCCGCGGCUAGGGUGGGCGAGGGGAGAGCACGCGUACCGCGGGCCCCGUGACGGUGUGCACAAUGAUAAUAAUAUAUAGGUGAUAUCAUUAUACCGGUUAUACGGUUACUGUGUGGCGCGGUGUGCGUGUUUACAUUGCGGUAACCCCGUUGUCCAUUUCGGGUUCGGAAGACGAAAACAAAAUGGGAAAAAAAAA